AUGGAUCUAAGCGCGGCAUGCUUUGAAUUUCGUGCCAAAGGGAGUACAUCCAACACACAGCUGAAUAAUAUUUACAAGGAAUGUGUCCACCAGUCUAAGAAAAUUAAUGACGGCUCUAAGCUAUUGAUGGAAUAUAUUGAUUGUACCAAAUUGAUUUCCAACACAGAGAUGAUGGAGAUUCUGUCAUGGCUUGAGUCUCAGAAAGUUCAUCAUGGACGACGACGUGGCUCUAAUUCUGAAUCUGAUGACGUUGUCAUAGAAGUAGAGCAGAUCAAGUCUCUCAUAAAGCAGGUUGUGGAUAUUUAUGACAAGGGGGGAUCAUCAUCCAGACUCAGAUGGCUUGAAUCUUCUGAUGAAGUUCAUCUCCUCAGCAGUUUUUCCCGUAAGGUGGUUAAGAAAAAUACCGAUCCCUUUCGUUAUUUUUCCGAUACACACCGUCAUUCCAUGUUGCGUAUGCCAUGGAUUGUUCCUCUCCUCUUUUGUAGAUUCAACGACAUGGUCAACCUAGCUCAGAAAAUUCAUAAUGAAUUUGGUGGCAUCAUAGAAGAGCUCAACCCAAUUAUGAUACAAGUAAUCAAUAUUUAUUACAAGGGGUUGAGUGUCAUAUGGCCUCAGUCUCACAUGUCGGAUCGAUUUCGUCUCCUCGUCAAUAAGUUCCAACAGAUGAUCAAUCUAGCUGAGAAAAUUCAUCAUGAAUUUGGCAGUGUCAUAGAAAAGAAAAAGGCUGUCAAUGCAAAGGAAAUGGAGGCGCUUUGGUGCCAAUUAAUUGCAAUGAUGUCGCCAACACUUGCCUAUGUGAAUAUGCAUCGAUAUUUCGGCGAUGUGACGGAAGACAUCAAGUCUAUCAAGAGAGAGGUGAUGGAGAUUUAUGAGAAGAAGAAGGUGCAUGGCAUUGGAGAAGGAAUCCAGCAAAUCACAAGUUCUUCCCGCGGAGUUUCAUCAAUAACUGCCAACCCCAUAGCAGUGGAAGAAGGAGUACUUGGUUUGGACGAGGACAUAAGGACAUUAAUGGAACUGCUUGCCGGAGACCAUGAAAAGGAUCUUAAAUACAUCCCCAUUGUUGGAAUGCCUGGACUAGGUAAGACAACUCUGGCAAGAAAAGUGUAUAAUAAUCCUUUCAUCGUGCAUUACUUUCAUAUUCGUGCAUGGACCUAUGUCUCUCAAGUAUACCAGAAGAGAGAUAUAUUGCUUAGCAUUAUAAAUUCUGCAUGCAUUCAUGUUUUUGGUAAUAUUCGCAACAUGAGUGAUGAAGAGUUAGGUGAGCACUUUUACAAAGCUUUGGAAGGUAAGCGAUAUCUUGUUGUCAUUGAUGAUUUAUGGAGUAUCGAAGCUUGGGAUGUUUUGAAAAGGUAUUUUCCAAAUGACCGCAAUGGAAGCAGAAUUGUGUUCACCACUCGACUUGUAAAUGUUGCAAUGGCUUUGCAGGCUAAACCUCACCAUUUGAGUUUUCUAAAUGAAGAUGAAAGUUGGAAUCUAUUACGUUUUAAGGUAUUCCGAAAAGAGAGUUGUCCUAUAGAUUUGAUAGAAAUUGGAAAGGAAAUUGCAAAAAAGUGUGGAGGAUUGCCACUUGCAAUUGUUGUAAUAUCAGGGCUUCUCGCAAAGAAAGACAAGACAGAAGAGUGGUGGAAGCAUGUCAGUGGAAGUGUUGGUUCCUAUAUUAUUAGUGAUUCAGAACAAUACCUGGAUACACUAGCACUGAGUUACAACCACUUGCCUCAGCACUUGAAACCAUGUUUCCUCUAUUUUGGAGCAUUUCCAGAAGACUAUGAAAUCCCUGUGAGGCAAUUGAUCUCUUUAGGGGUCGCUGAGGGAUUUAUACGGCAAAAUGAGCAAAAAAGCUUGGAGGAAGUGGCAGGGGAUUACUUGAUGGAUCUAAUUGACAGAAGUCUAACAAUUGUUUCAAAGAAAAGGUCCGACGGUGGAAUCAAAGCAUGUCGUGUCCAUGACCUUUUGCGUGAGUUAUGCUUGAGAAAGGCACGUGAGGACAAUUUUCUGACUUCCUGGCAUGAACAGAGUUCUGCAUAUAGGCAAUGUCGAUUGUUCAUCCAUGAUAACCGUUUUGUUAAGGGUAAUUUUGAGCCUUAUGAGGUAUGCACCCGAUCUUACUUGUCCUUUGGUCGUUCGCUUUUUGAUUUAUCUAUGAUUGACGAUGCAUCAUUCAUCUGUCAAGCCUUCAUGCUUCUUCGGGUGCUGAAUUUAUUAUCCAUUAAAAUCUUCUCUAUUCCAAAGGCAUUAGAAACGUUAGUUCACUUGAGGUAUUUAGCACUUCAUGUUCAGGGAGAGGGUGUCAUGCUAAAGAUAUCCAACCUCUGGAACCUCGAAACUAUUAUUAUUAAUGGAUCGAAGGGUUCAUUAUACUUAAAUGGUAUCCGGAAGAUGGUGAAUUUGAGGCAUGUGUAUAGUAUGCGUCGUAUAAAUAUCCAUAAAAACUCUCCCUCUCUAUUCAUGAACCUGCAAACCACAAGCGAACUCCCUGGUGGCUCCCCCUCGGUAUUAUAG